AUGGGAAACGCCCACACAAAAAACAAGGCUCAACUGCCCGAAAGGACCAACACAUGGGUCACAGACAACGAAGAGGCCCCCGUCAUGAUCAUUGUUGUCAUCUGCAUCGUCUCCUUCAUAUCGUGCCAGCUCGCCGUUCGACGCCGUGUCCGGAUGCAUCCAGCAUCCAAGGGAGCUUCAACGCGGCCGGAGCUUACCAGCCACGAGGUGACCAAGGAGACCUCCAACUUCGAGCCCGAGGUUGCCCCCGACGUCGAGGAAGCUUCGCAUCACAACUCCCUGCCCCUCAUCCAAGUCGGCGAAGUUCGAGAUGCCAAGGAUGUCGAUUUCGUUGAUGACCCAGUGCCUCAGGAGCACGCAGUGGGUGGAACUUCUUCGGUUUUCGUGGAGUGCGGAUCCCGCGAAGCAGAUGAAGCGGAUGAGCGAGUCAAUGCGACGAGAUUCUGGACGGAGAGGCGGUUUUCGUGGAGUGCGGAUACCGUGAAGCGGAUGAAGCGGAUGAGUCAGCGAGUCAAUGCGGCGAGAUUCCGGACGGACAGGGGGCGCAGGUCGCCAUGUUCUCAGCCAGGUUCGAUGGCAGCGACGCAGAAAAGCUCCUUAGGGUGUGUAUGCGAUCCUGCGGGAUCGCGGGUACCCUGUGCUUAUGGUGAAAGCAGGUCCCGGUGA